GGUGGCUUCGCGGAGGAGCUGGGAAGUUGUAGUUCUUUACACCAGAAGCACAUCUGUAGUGCUUAUUAUCGACUAAUAUGAAUUAAACUACACGUCCCGACGUCACGGUACGGGCUCCUGUAAUUGUUGUGAAUAUGUAAUUGCGCUCGUGCGACUGGUUGCUUCUAAAUUUGGCUUCGGAGGGGCAGGCUGAUAGUCGGUGAGGUGGUCGCUCCGCCGGUGCUGUGCGGGGAUGUGAACAUUAACGGAAGCUGCAGGAAAUUAACCGAUAAAUGCGUGAGGACAGGACGACUUGGAGGAGCUCAACCGCGGAGCAGAGGGGUCAUGAUGCGCCAGAAGUCGAUGCUUUUUAGGGAAAAGCAGAGACAUUAGCGGAUUCGGUGUUAGUUUAGAGGGAGAAUGUUAGGAUUUGUGCGCUUAAAUUAACGCGCUGGAGAUUUUGGAGAGGACUGAAACAACUCCUGCUUUAAAUGACACUCUGAAUGGACUUUAAAAAUACUGCCUAAAAGAAUGACGACUAACAAAAGGUUCAAGGAUGUUUGUACUCUUCAUGGAACCUGCACGUAGCCCACAAACUGGCCGCUGACUGACCUUUUACGCACAAGGAGAGCUCCGUGCACCCACAUUUCUGGGUUGUUUCUGUGUUUAUUUGGAUGAACUUUAAAACACAUUCUAAAUGAUUCGAGAUCUGAGCAAGAUGUACCCGCCGGCCCGGCAUCCGCCGGGUCAGCCGCUGAAGUUCACUGUAACCGAGUCCUGCGACCGGAUCAAGGAGGAGUUCCACUUCCUGCAAGCGCAGUAUCACAGUCUGAAACUGGAGUGUGAGAAACUGGCCAGUGAGAAAACUGAGAUGCAGAGACACUAUGUCAUGUACUACGAAAUGUCAUAUGGGCUGAACAUCGAGAUGCACAAGCAGGCGGAGAUCGUCAAACGGCUGAAUGCAAUCUGCGCCCAAGUCAUCCCCUUCCUCUCUCAAGAGCAUCAGCAGCAGGUGGUGCAGGCAGUGGAGAGGGCGAAGCAGGUCACUAUGGCUGAACUGAACGCUAUUAUAGGGCAGCAGCUCCAGGCUCAGCAUCUCUCCCAUGGUCACGCCAUCCCUGUCCCACUCACGCCUCACCCUGCAGGCCUCCAGCCCCCCCUGCCCCCUGGGGCCGGCACUGCCAGCCUGCUAGCUCUGUCCUCGGCCCUUAGCCACCAGCUGCCGCUCAAAGACGAGAGGAAACAUCACGACAACAACAGUGAACAUCAAAGAGACAGAGACUCAGUCAAGAGCUCAUCUGUGUCUCCUUCAGCCAGUUUUCGUGCAGGAGAGAAGCACAGAAGUUCGAGCGAUUACUCGUCCGACAGCAAGAAACAGAAGACGGAUGACAAGGAGUGUGCCUCCACACGAUAUGAAAGUGAUGGAGAGAAGAGUGAUGACAACCUGGUGGUAGACGUCUCUAAUGAGGAUCCGGCGUCUCCCAGAGGAAGUCCCGCCCACUCACCUCGAGAGAACGGAUUGGACAAGCGUCGUCUGUUGAAGAAGGACGCCCCGCUGAGUCCUUCCUCUGUCGCCUCCUCCAGCAGCACGCCUUCAUCCAAAUCCAAAGAGAUUAAUUUGAACGAGAAGUCCACUACACCUGUGUCCAAGUCUAGCACCCCAACAUCUCGCUCUGAUGCCCCAACACCCAGCAGCACCUCCACCCCAGGCCUCAGGACUGCACCCAGUAAACCACCAGGGAUUGAGACCCUGGCUCCUGGUCUUCGUACACCUCUGGCAGUGCCGUGCUCGUACCCGAGUCCGUUCGGGAUGGUCCCCCACCCGGGUAUGAACGGAGAGCUGAGUGGAGCAGGAGCGGCAUACACUGGUCUGCAUAACAUCUCCCCACAGAUGAGUGCAGUGGCUGCUGCUGCAGUGGCAGCUUAUGGACGCACACAAGUGGUAGGAUUUGAUCCUCACCACCACAUACGUGUCCCUGGACUUCCUCCCAACCUGUCGGGCAUCCCCGGAGGAAAACCAGCGUACUCCUUUCAUGUGAGCGCUGAUGGACAAAUGCAGCCGGUGCCCUUUCCUCCGGACUCGCUGAUCGGCCCCGGCAUUCCUCGCCACGCACGGCAGAUCAAUACUCUGAGCCAUGGGGAGGUGGUGUGUGCUGUCACCAUCAGUAAUCCCACACGUCACGUCUACACUGGGGGCAAGGGCUGCGUCAAGGUGUGGGACAUCAGCCACCCGGGAAACAAGACCCCUGUAUCCCAGCUGGACUGCCUUAACAGAGAUAACUACAUCCGCUCCUGUCGGCUCUUACCGGAUGGGCGGACUCUCAUUGUUGGGGGAGAGGCAAGUACUUUGUCGAUUUGGGAUUUGGCCACACCCACUCCACGAAUCAAAGCUGAACUAACAUCGUCAGCACCGGCGUGUUACGCUCUGGCCAUAAGCCCCGACUCAAAGGUGUGCUUCUCCUGCUGCUCAGAUGGAAACAUCGCCGUCUGGGAUCUUCACAACCAGACUCUGGUCAGACAGUUCCAGGGCCACACAGACGGAGCCAGCUGCAUAGACAUCUCCAAUGACGGGACCAAGCUGUGGACUGGAGGCCUGGACAACACGGUGCGGUCCUGGGACCUGAGGGAGGGACGGCAGCUGCAGCAGCACGACUUCACCUCUCAGAUCUUCUCCCUGGGAUACUGUCCAACAGGCGAGUGGCUGGCAGUGGGGAUGGAGAACAACAAUGUGGAGGUCCUGCAUGUCACCAAACCUGACAAAUACCAGCUCCACCUGCAUGAAAGCUGCGUGCUCUCACUAAGAUUUGCUCACUGUGGGAAAUGGUUUGUGAGCACAGGAAAAGACAAUCUUCUAAAUGCAUGGAGAACCCCAUAUGGAGCCAGCAUAUUCCAGUCAAAGGAGUCUUCUUCAGUGCUGAGCUGUGACAUCUCCAUCGAUGAUAAGUACAUCGUGACGGGCUCAGGGGACAAGAAGGCGACCGUCUACGAGGUCAACUACUAGGAGCAUUGCUGUUCAAAUGGUGAUGACUCUCUUACCCAUGUACAGUUUUUAAAGUGUAUACAAGGAUUUGAAUGGAACUAACGGAAGCAGACUUUUUGGACAUUGGACGUGGAUCAAAACGAAGAAACAAAACCAAGCACAGAGAUUUUUUUUUUUUUUACUGAGUGGCUUUUUGUUGUGAGGAUGAGUGAAUGUUUAUGUGCACUGAAUCUUGUAAAUGCAUUACCGGGUAAAAUACCUUUAAACUUUCGGUCCUUUGUUUUGCUUUUUUAUUUUUUACACAACAUAAACAUACUCAAAUAGAAAGACGAUGCUCACUAGUGUUGUAUAAGGUUGUAUGUAAAUAGCCGUGGGCAAAAAGUUGCAGUGAGCUUUAGAGAUUGUCCUCCAAAACGUUAGCUCAUUGUGGUUUUGAUGUCUUCAAAUUCUGCUACUACUUUAGUCUCUUAUUCUACUACCUGACAAAAUACCUGCAAACCAGAAAACCAGGUUAAUUUUCAGGUUUUUAAGUGUGAAAUAAACCAGAGUGAAGCCUU